AUGACGAUAAUGCGUAGUGGAGAAAAGGCUGAGAUUCAUGACUAUGGAGAGAGCGGCGCAUGGAUAAGGGGUCCUUUAUUGGGGAAAGGUGGCUGCGGCCGCGUUUACAAGGCUUUUCCGAGAUUCCCAUAUUCUAAAACAAAAGACGGCCGCCCUUUCCCCGCUGAGCUAGCCGUGAAAUCCGCCGGGUUUUCCCUUUCGCGCACCCUUCGGGCAGAGAAGGAGAUACUGAGCAACUUCAUCGGCUGUCCUUACGUGAUCCAAUGCCUUGGCAACGAGACCACUGUCAGUGGUGAUGAAGGCGGGUCGACUUAUUACAAUCUCUUGCUCGAGUACGCAUCCGGCGGGACCAUACUCGACAGGAUUCGUACAUCGCGCGGCAUAAAAUUGCCCGAAAUCGAGGUGAAGACGCACACGAGGUUCAUUCUCAGAGGUCUUGAACGCAUUCAUGCGCUCGGGUAUGUGCACUGUGAUCUGAAGCCGGAAAAUAUUCUGCUCGUGUCUGGUUCCGGUGGAAAAGUUGGGGAUCAGUUUAGGGCGAAAAUUGGAGACUUUGGUCUGGCCAAGAAGAAGGGUUCUAUUCCCUACGCGAGGGGUACGACGUUGUAUCUAUCGCCCGAGGCUGUGACACGUAACACGCAAGAGGCACCGAGUGAUAUUUGGGCUGUGGGGUGCAUCGUGCUUGUGAUGCUGACUGGGAAGGCACCGUGGAAUGGGAAGGAAAAGGAAGUUCUUGCAAGGAUAAGGGCAGAACGGAUGCCAUACAUUCCUAGAGAGAUAUCGUUUCAUGCGAGGGACUUUUUGGAGUGUUGUUUUGAGCUUGAUCCAGUUUGUAGAGGGACUGCCGAGUCGCUUUUGCGCCAUCCGUUUCUAUAUGGUUUGGGCGAAGAAGAUUAUGGGAUGGAAGAGUUUGGUGAGAAGAUCGUGUCCACUAGUGACGAUUUCCAGCUGCCGACUCGUGUUUUUUGGCCUGGUCUACCGCACGAGGUUGUGUUGGGUCAUCGGUUACAAUAA